AUAAUUUCCCAUAUAACAGGACCUAUUAAGAUUUUCGACAAAGAUUAUAAAAGCACCGAAAAUGCUUCCCGAACUGUAUCGUACGGAACACUCCACUUGGUGUCUGUCUUUCCUUGUGAUUAUCAGUGCGAUUUUCGCUACCACACGAGGAAAUAACAUCACCUCCUCUAGUUUAUUCGAGAGCGUUUCCAGUUCAACUUUAACUGCUACGUCAAACGUUACAAAACCACUUGAACCGCUGCUGACUUCGAAUGCCGUAAUACUGGCCUCUCUACCGGAAGUGACCACGCCAGCUUCCGCAGAAUCAUCUGCUAGUCCUUCGGAUGUGAGUACCGAGAGUACAACAUCCCCGUCCAGCCAUCUCGUUCACCUUCCGGUUUCGCCACCACCGGCGGUGUUUCCGGAUGCUCCUCAAAUGAUCGACCAAAGACAAACGCAAUUCGGUGAAGGUUAUCUACCCGGUCAAAAGCCCUAUCAGUUAAUUGCACACACUCGUGAACCACAGCCCACAAUCGAUCCCCGGCAGCCAGGUGGACCGCAGAAUUCCGAAGAAAAAUACCACCAAUUAUUUUUCAAAACUAUACUGAAGUUGUGAACGACUUUACUGAAACUGAACCCCCUCGAUUUCUAAAGACAGUAAUAUUCGAUUUCGGAUUUGGCUCACCACGAGAUAGGUAUUCACGGAAGAAUCACCAUGAAAUACGACAAAUUCACUCGUACAACUCCCUGUCACUCACUAUUGUCAGUCAAAAAAUCGUCUACAGAUACGGUGAAAUUUAUCCAAGG